CUCUCUGCCUCUCCACCUGCGCUUAAACUCCCUCAUUUCCUCCUACAAUCCUACCACCACUUUAGUCACCCGUGCACUCUCCUUCACCCGGCCAACAACACCCUUCACUCUUCUUCUCUCCAUUCCAUUUGCUCCUGUCACAGGCAAAUCGCCUUGUUAUUCAGCCUGUGGUUUCCUGGAUACACCAUUCACAUCCCUAUACAGAUAGCUUCCGCCAUCCGCCCUUGACCUGACUAGUCACCGCUCACAUCCACCUGGCCUAGCCAUGGCCCCUCAGCGCUAUCAGCCGAUCAAUAACAACGAUGAAUUGGACGUCGACUCACCCCAAUCUCCUCACAACCGCAACUUUCCCCCAUCAUCGCCACCUCCCUCGUUCCGAUCAAGGACUUCCUCCUUCAGCUCCCGACGAUUGUUGAACCAAGAUCCUGUUUCAGACGGUCAUGACAAUGACCUGGAAGAUGCCUUUGACGAUGGAGAGGCAUCAGAUGCCGAAAAUGAUGGCGAUGACCGACAGAGAUUGAUGAGAGCCGAUCCAUCAACAACAACAACAUCCGAGUCCCCCAGCACAAUCACAAACCCUCCCGCUACAACUGCGGCAAUUCCCAAUGUCCAACGAACAGUCACAGAACUCCCCGUAUUCAGGCCUAUGCCUCCGUCGUCCUCAAGGCCUACCGAUGGAGUAUUUGCCAACCUAUCCGCCAAACCUGAGCGUGGCGAACAACUAGAAGAAAAACCACCAACAUAUGAACAAGCAGCGGCCGAUGCUACUCCUCCGUAUUGGGAAACCACUAUUCUCGCCCCAGGAAUGUCAUCAGAUGAAGUUUAUGUUGAUGGUCUUCCCGUCGGCUCUUUGUUUUCCUUUGUCUGGAAUGGCAUGAUCUCCAUGUCCUUCCAACUAGUCGGCUUCCUUCUUACAUAUUUACUCCACACCACCCAUGCCGCCAAACAUGGCAGUCGCGCAGGCCUUGGACUCACCCUCGUUCAGUAUGGAUUCUACAUGAGCUCUGCCGAUGGUGGAAGCUCAGAUUCAGGCAAUCCAGGUCAAUUCGCAGAUUCAUCACCACCAGACCCAAAUAGCCACAACUUUGAUCCCAAGACAGUGGACUCGACUGGAGGUUCGGCUGGUACGGGUUCGGGGAUUCAUGGGUUGACAAGUUCAGAUUGGAUUUCUUAUAUUUUGAUGAUUGUCGGUUGGUUUAUUCUGAUCCGCGCUGUGUCGGAUUUCCUAAGGGCCAGGAGACACGAGGCCUUGGUUUUGCAGAGUCCUAGUCGAGGUCUUCCUGUUGCUGUCAUUGCCGAAGGCGAGAACCCUGAGCAGACCGCCUAGACAGUCGAGCUAGAACUUUUACUUUAUUUAUAUCGCAAUCAACUAUUGUUCACGGUGCCAUCCGAGUUUGACCUACAAGAAAAUUGCGAGUAGUAAACGAUGCAAUCGGUUGGUCAAUAAAUGGAGUGAAGACGCAAACAACAUCUUGAUCAAGAAUUCCAUACUAGAUUCUACAUGGUGACACGCGA